AUGGCUUUAUUUACAUGUACGUGGAGGAAUAAAUUGGCAACGCUAUCUAUCAGGCCAACCCAAGUUAUGGACACCAAACCCAUUACUCUUCUUCUUCUGCUCUCACUCUCAUUUGAAUUGUACUCUUCAAACACACAAACAUGGAUCAAAGCUGGCCACUGGUUCUAUGGCAGCAAUUUUCCUGUUUCCGACAUCAAUUCGGCUCUCUUCACCCACCUUUUAUGCAGCUUUUCACUUCUCAACUCUUCCAACUACCACCUUUACAUCCUCUCGGCUAAUGAACAGCAGUUCUCCACCUUUACCGAUGUCGUCAAGCGUAAAAAUCCAUCGAUCACCACUCUUCUGUCCAUCUGGGCUGGAUCUGUGGACUCUGCAGCCUUUUCUUCAAUGACUAGCCAACCCUUUUACAGAAAAUCCUUCAUUGAGUCUUCAAUAGAAACAGCAAGGCAUUAUGGAUUUCAUGGCCUAGACCUCACUGGGUUGUUGCCAACCGCGGCUGCCAACAUGACUAACUUAGGAACCCUCUUCUACGAGUGGCGAGAUGCUGUGAAUUCUGAGUCGAGAAAAUCUGGCAAGAGAAAACUAAUCCUGACAAUGUCUGUUCAUACUCUCAACUCUUCUAGUUAUCCGAUUGAAUCAAUUCAGAAGAACUUUGAUUGGGUACAUAUUGUGGCACAUGACUAUUAUUUGCCUUUGAGGGAUAAUUUCACAGGUGCCCAUGCUGCUCUAUAUGAUCCGUCUGGUCAGGUUAACACCGAUUUUGGUGUAAAGGAAUGGAUAAGUAGGGGAUUAUCACCAAACAAGCUGGUUUUGGGUUUGCCCUUCCAUGGCUAUGCAUGGACGCUUCAGAACCCCAAAGACAAUUAUCUCGGUGCACCUGCAUCAGGUCCGGGAAUUACAAGAGAUGGAUCCAUUGCUUAUACAUUAAUCAAAUGGUAUGUUCGAACAUAUCAAGCUCGUCCAGUAUACAACUCCACUUACGUUGAAAAUUUUUGCAAGAUUGGAUCAACUUGGAUUGGUUAUGAUGACGUGGAAGCCAUAAGAGCUAAAGUUUCUUAUGCAAAGCAGAAAGGUUUGCUUGGUUACAAUGUGUUUCAAGUCCCCAAUGAUGACAAUUGGGUGCUUUCUCAGGCAGCUGCUCAAUUUGAUGUUAAACAUCCUAAAAACAGGCAUCGAUUGUUGGUAAUCAUUGUGCCUACAGUUACUAUGGGUAUUCUGCUUCCAUGCCUCACAAUGUUUUACUUACGACGGAGACUGCUCAAAUCCAAAGGUGCUUUUCUAAAAGUUCUCAAUGAUGAGUCUAGUCCUCAAGCUUUUUGUUUUGCUAUCAUUGAGGCUGCAACAAACAACUUUUCCGUUGUCAAUAAGCUUGGAGAGGGUGGAUUUGGAUCUGUUUUCAAGGGCAAAUUACAGGAGGGAUGUGAAAUAGCAGUGAAGCGACUGUCAAAAACUUCAGCACAAGGGUUAGAGGAGUUCAAAAAUGAGGUCACGCUUACUGCGAAACUACAACAUGUUAAUCUAGUUAGAGUUCUGGGCUUUUGCAUUGAAAGGGAAGAAAAGAUGCUGAUCUAUGAGUAUAUGCCAAACAAAAGCUUGGAUUUCUACCUUUAUGAUCCAGUCAGGCGGGAACUAUUAGAUUGGGAAAAACGCAUUCAAAUCAUUGAAGGGAUAAUUCACGGGCUUUUAUAUCUCCAAGAGUACUCAAGAUUCACAAUAAUUCACAGAGAUUUGAAAGUUGGCAACAUCUUACUAGAUAGUCAAAUGAAACCCAAGAUAUCAGAUUUUGGUAUGGCUCGAAUUUUCCCUAAGGAUGAACAUGAAGCAAACACAAGUCGGAUUGUUGGCACAUAUGGUUAUGUUCCUCCCGAGUAUGUGAAAAAAGGCAUAUACUCCACCAAAUACGAUGUCUAUAGCUUUGGAGUCAUACUUCUUCAAAUUAUAAGUGGCAAAAAGAAUACGUGCGUCUAUGGUCCAGAUGAGAAUUUAAACCUUCUAGAAUAUGCUUAUGACUUAUGGAAAGAUGGUCAAGGCAUGGAGUUUAUGGAUCCAUCAUUAGAUGAUUCAACUUCGCCAUGGAAACUCAUGAAAUGCAUGCAAGUAGCUUUGUUGUGUCUCCAAGACAAAAGGGAAGAUAGACCCUCCAUGUUGGAGGUUUAUUCAAUGCUCAAAAAUGAAACCGCAACCAUCACUAUUCCUAAAAGGCCUGCUUUUUCAGUAAAAGGAGGUGAAGAUGAGGGAGAUCAGCGGGAAAUUUGUUCAAAUGACACAACAAUAACACAACUAGUACCUCGAUGA